GGUUCUCAGAAAGUAUACAGGAAGCCGUGACCGCCGCACAGGAACUUACAUGUGCAUAUGUGUUAGUGACAGGGUGGAUAUGUGACAGUUUCUAAGUGUUUCAGCUUGUUUGUAUCAUUGUGAAAGAGACGAAGAGAAAGAUGUCUGGAACACGCACCCUCUGCUGCCAUGUCACCACUGCGACCAUCUCAUUUGCUGUCUUAUAUCUGACUGGUAACGUGCUGAAACUGGUGGGCAUCAUUCUAAUGGUUUCACUGGAUAAAGAGGCAUUUUCUGCCCUCUAUCAUGAAUCAAAGGCUACCAAAGGUCAGCGUGUCUUUGACAUCAGCACUGAUAUUCUGAUGCUGGUUCUGAUGUCCAUCUCUGCUGUGCUGGUCCUUUUCUCUAAACGCAAGGGACCGAUGUUUGUGCUGCCUUUUGUGCUGAUGAUGUUUGUGGAGCUGAGUCUGAGUUUUCUGUCCCUGUUUGCUGGAGCCUUGGGUCUGCCGGGGACCCACAACUACAGAGACAUGCUGCAAGCUGUAAAAAGUCAGAAGAAAGUCGACAGGUUGAAUGAAGAGGAAAUCGGCCAGUUUACCAUGUGGUACUCGGUUCUCUUUAUGCUGGAAAUACUGCUGAAGGUGUACGUCCUUCAUGUGUCAAUGAAGUGUUUCUAUGCCCUGAAAGCAGAAAGGAUGGCUGUCGUCAAUGUUAAUACUGGAAAAACUGUUGCAGUGAAGCUGCCAUCUUAUGAUGAGGCUCUCAAGAUGAAACCUAAAGACACUCCCCCUUCCUAUCAUGAGGUUUAAACUGAAUGUGUGCGUCAGGCAUGGUUUUAUGCAAAAUGCAAAAACCCCUUUUGGGUGUAAACUGCAAACUUUUAGCUCAAAUAUGCACACGUAUACUAACAGCAUGCAGCACAAACAGGCUAUGCUUACAUCUAUUACAAAAUAAAGGUACAAAAUUUC